AUGGAGAGGAAUUAUGUAGAUAGGGUGCGAUGGGCUGUUGAGAUUGCGCCCGGAAAGAGUGUUGAGGAAAGGAAGAAAUUGGCCAAGAAGAAGACAUACAGCCUUGCAGUGGCUGGAAGAACAUAUCCAAUUGAGUGGGACCCGAUGUUUUCCACAAACUACAGGAUAGUAUAUCCAAAGGAGUUUACUCGCGGGUUAGAUGAAUGGAUGCUGCCUAAGGAGAUGAUGGAGACAAGCAAAUGGAAGGUGGCAGAAGGCGAAGGGCCUAGUAAUGUGUACUACGAAGGUCAGUGCUUUAUUAUAGCAGAGAUGGUUUCGAGGUUUACAGUAUCUGGAAUGUGUCUUUUGUCGGACUUUGGGGCAAUGCUAAAAGGAGGGGAUGGAGUAUCAGACAGGGUAUUUUUUGUAAUAGGGAAGUGUCUAUAUCUCAAGAAGGUUGAUGAGGAGUCGAUAAGGUUUUCGAUGAUGCUAUUCCAGAUGAAGGUGUUUGAGACAAGCGACUGGAAUGUUGAGAUUAGAAGAUGUGUGAAUAGCAUGACAGAGGAGAUAUAUUUCUAUGAUGGCAGGUUUUUAGAAGUGAUAAGGAUAUCGAAAAUGUUUUUUUGCAGUAGGAGAGCGGAUGGAUAUGCAUCGAUCAAAAGCCUUGUUGGAAGAGCACAGCUGUGUAAAUGCUGUAUGAAGAGCAAUGCGGUGAUAAGGGUGUGGAAUGAUCCGAUUCUGCCUGAGAAGAAGAAGUUUUUGUGCAAAAGAUGCUUUGAAUUGAUAUUUUAUCUGAACGGGGGCAAGAGCAGAUAUACAGGAGUUGAGUAUGAAUACAUGUCAUGA